AUGAACACAAAUUCGCACAACCCUUAUGAACCAUACGAACUCGACAGUCAAAAAUACAUUAACAUGACAAAAAAGAGCGGUCUUGUAGUGUCUGAGCCCGGCUUAACCCAGGACGCAUUUACGGUAAAAGACAAGUUUGAUUAUAAAGGAAUGAUAGAAAAGCUGGAGAAAUACGGACUUUGUGUAAUUGAAAAAUUUAUAGAACCUUCCCAGUGUGAUAAAAUAUUGAACGAAAUCGACCCGCAUUUUUAUAGAUACGAAUCGUGGCAGGGCUCGCCAUUUCCUAAGGAAACAACUGUUGCAACAAGAUCGGUUUUGCACUCGCCUACAAUCUUAAAGGAUGUGGUAUGCGACCGUACGUUUUGUGAAAUGGCAAAACACUUUCUAAAUGAAGAAAACUAUUUUUUCGCCGGAAAAAUGAUUAAUAAAUGUACUAGUGAUAUUCAACUGAACUCCGGUAUUGUCUACAAGGUUGGCGCUGGUGCUGCUGACCAGGGAUACCACCGAGAAGAUAUUGUUCACCACACGACCCAUCAGGCAUGUGAACGUUUCCAAUAUGGGAGCGAAACAAUGUUGGGAUUGGGAGUGGCUUUCACGGAUAUGAAUGAAGCAAAUGGGUCCACACGAAUGAUUGUUGGUUCACAUUUGUGGGGUCCGCACGAUUCCUGUGGCAAUUUUGACGAGAAAAUGGAAUUUCAUGUGAACGCUGCAAAGGGUGACGCUGUUCUAUUCUUGGGGAGCCUCUAUCAUGCAGCCAGCGCAAAUCAUACUUCAAGAGACAGGGUUGCUGGAUAUUUUUUUAUGACAAAAAGCUACUUGAAGCCAGAGGAGAAUCUUCAUUUAGGGACAGAUUUACGAGUGUUCAGGGACUUGCCAUUGGAGGCCUUGCAGCUGUUGGGGCUAGGAAUUAGUGAGCCAUUCUGUGGUCACAUAGACUAUAAAAGUCCAGGGCAUCUCAUCGAUUCUAGCUUGUUUGAGGACGAUAUUGAAAACGGAUAUUAUGGUGAGACAAUAAAGGUAAAUUAUGAUACCAAAUGA